UCUUCUAGUCUUCACAUUGUCUCAGCCUGACAGGGUGAUAUGAGUCGACAAGAGAAAAAGAAGGAAAAAAUGUUGGAAAAUGAUGUCCAUGCUGCAUUGACCUGUGACGACAUCCUAAAUGAGAUACUUCUUCGGCUGCCAGAGAAAUUUGUUUUCAGAUUGAUACUUGUGUCAAAGAGGUGGCUUCGGGUGAUAUGUAGCUCUUCGUUUCGAUCUGAUUAUCGUGCUAGAUGGGGAGUGGACUUUCAUCAUCUGGGUUUCUUUGUCUGCAACCAGCUUUACCUCAACAGACCUAAAGAUGGGAUGCGCCGACCCAAGUCUGAGCCUGCACUUCAGUUGUUGUCAGCUUGUGAGGAAGGUGAUGAUGUAUGCAAUGAUUUGAUGGCUUCUGGGAAUUGCAAACAGCUCGGUUAUUUCAUUGACUCUUGCAAUGGGCUUCUUCUUUGUGGUCGCCACCCACUGACAUAUUCUGUUUGGAACCCAAUCAGCAAAGUGCUAUUCCAACUUCCUCAACCUCAGCGCUUCUACAAACGCUUGUGUAUGGCAUUCAUCGCUGAGGAUAAUUUCGAUGACAUUCUUCAGUACAAGGUUAUUCGUGCAAACUGUGAAUGCAAACGCGAGGUUAACACUGUGUCCAUUGAGACUUACUCUUCAGUGACUGGUACAUGGAAGCAUUUCACGCUCACUUGCUCUUCAAAAUUUUCCUUGCGCCCCUGGACAGUGGCUACUGUGAUCAAUGGUGUCGUAUACUGGUUUGCAACUCAGGGAAAGAUAGCCAUUAAGGAAAGCGUAGCGAUUUAUGACCCACGUGUUGGAAACACACGAGUAGAGUUGCUUAAAUUACCUGAUGGGAAUAUUUCGCAGGACUAUGAUGAGUUUGUUCUUGGGGAGUCCUCAGAUGGGCUAUUGCAGUAUGGUCAGAGCAGCAAGUCAGGCAUGGAGAUAUGGGUUCUUGAGAAGGAACAAGAUAGUAGUAUCUCAUCUAUUACCACAAACGUGCAAUCAAACCGCAAGUGGAAAAUUAGAUACAGACUUGGUUUCAAAGCAAUGUGGAAGAAAAAUCCAAGCUUUUGCAAGCAGACAAAAGAAGCUCAAUUACUGUCAUUCCUUCCUCGGAAUUCUGAAUAUGUCUUCAUAAGAUCUGGACAAAACAUAUUUCUCUUGCACAUUGAAAGCCAAAUGUUGAAGGUGAAUCGAUAUCAUGGUCCUAGCUCUCAUAUCCAGUGGGAUUUCAGUAGAGUGGUGCCUUACUUUCAACCUUCUUGGCCACGAUCUUCUUUAUGUCAUGAAAAGGCAGCAACAUCUGCUUGGCCUUCUACAAACCAAGAAACUGCGGCACCUGCUUGGCCUUCCUGGUGAAUUUGUAAACACCUAAUUAGCUAACUCAUGUGAUCCCUAACUGUGUCAUGGGUUUGGUUUAGUAUUGUGUCAAUUAACUAUGAAUCUGUGGAGUAGUUUGAAGUACUAGUGAUCCCUAGUUCCCUACAUGUGACAUAGGUUGUGUUUAGUUGUGUCAUGAGAAGAUGCAUGUUGCUAGUAUGCGGAGAUGGAAUUCUCUUUCAGAUCUCUGUAAAGUUUUCUCGUAUCCUUAUCUUCUAUGGCAAUGCGGUUUCAGGCUUUCAGAUAUUUAGU